GGGGACAUGGCCGCGGCGCCAGGGGGCUCUGCGCCGCCCGCCGGCCCCGGCCCGCGCCUGGGCUUCAGCACCGCGGACAGCGGCGCGGGCGCGCGGAGCCCGGCUCCCGCCGUGCCCAUGAAGGACCACGACGCCAUCAAGCUGUUCGUGGGGCAGAUCCCCCGCGGCCUGGACGAGCAGGACCUGAAGCCGCUGUUCGAGGAGUUCGGCCGCAUCUACGAGCUCACGGUGCUCAAGGACCGGCUCACCGGCCUCCACAAAGGCUGUGCCUUCCUCACCUACUGCGCCCGGGACUCUGCUCUCAAGGCCCAGAGCGCGCUGCACGAGCAGAAGACCCUGCCAGGGAUGAACCGUCCGAUCCAGGUGAAGCCCGCUGCCAGUGAAGGCCGAGGAGAGGACCGAAAGCUGUUCGUGGGGAUGCUGGGCAAGCAGCAGGGCGAGGAGGACGUCAGGCGCCUGUUCCAGCCCUUCGGCCACAUCGAAGAGUGCACCGUCCUGCGGAGCCCGGACGGCACCAGCAAAGGCUGUGCCUUCGUGAAGUUCGGGAGCCAAGGGGAAGCGCAGGCGGCCAUCCAGGGCCUGCAUGGCAGCCGGACCAUGGCGGGUGCCUCUUCCAGCCUGGUAGUGAAGCUGGCGGACACGGACCGCGAGCGCGCGCUGCGGCGUAUGCAGCAGAUGGCCGGGCAGCUGGGUGCCCUGCACGCCGCACCCCUGCCGCUCGGGGCCUGCGGUGCCUACACCACGGCGAUCCUGCAGCACCAGGCGGCCCUGCUGGCGGCGGCCCAGGGCCCGGGCCUAGGCCCGGUGGCCGCGGUGGCGGCCCAGAUGCAGCACGUGGCAGCCUUCAGCCUGGUGGCCGCGCCGCUGCUGCCCGCGGCAGCCGCCAGCUCGCCGCCGGGCGGUGGUCCUGGCCCGCUCGCUGGUCUUCCAGCGCCCAUUGGGGUCAAUGGAUUCGGCCCCCUAAGCCCCGCGACGAACGGGCAGCCAGGCUCCGAUGCGCUCUACAGUAACGGACUCUCCCCUUACCCAGCCCCGAGCCCCGGCGCGGACCCCGUGCAGCAGGCCUACGCCGGGAUGCACCACUACGCAGCAGCCUAUCCGUCGUCCUGCGCCGCGGUGAGCACCGCCCUGCAGCAGCCUACAGCCCUGCCCCAGCAGCAAAGAGAAGGUGAGGGGCGGGGCUGGAGAGCAGGGCCGCUGGGGCUGGACCCAGCGUCGGCCCUGAACCAGCCCGCGGCUGUCCCUGCAGGCCCCGAAGGCUGUAACCUCUUCAUCUAUCACCUGCCUCAGGAGUUUGGUGACGCAGAGCUCAUCCAGACCUUCCUGCCCUUCGGAGCGGUCGUCUCUGCCAAAGUCUUUGUGGACCGAGCCACCAACCAGAGCAAGUGUUUCGGGUUCGUGAGUUUCGACAACCCGGCCAGCGCCCAGACCGCCAUCCAGGCCAUGAACGGCUUCCAGAUCGGCAUGAAGAGGCUCAAGGUGCAGCUGAAGAGGCCCAAGGACGCCAGCCGGCCUUACUGACCUCGCCGCCCCGCCCAGAGAGACAGAAACGGAAGAGUGAGAGGAAAGGAAGGAAACGCACGCCGAUGCGGGAGCCGCCCUUCCCGGACGAGCAGCUGCGGGCAGAAGCGGAUCGACUGCGGCUGGGGCCCCGCCCAGGCCCGUUUCCGACCGUGGGUUGCUGUGCGCAGGGUGUAGCGGCCAGGCUGUCCCGGCACCGGGCCGGCAGCGGACUGACUGGGAGCCAGCAGAGGCCGUGGGGGUGCCGAGGGCUUCUCUGCGAGGGAAGCCCAGACUUAAUUCUCUCAAAACCAUAUCAUUCCUUAGAGUUUAGGGACCAAAGGACUAUUGCUUUUUUUUUUCUAAGAAAAAAAUUAUAUAUAUAUUAAAAAAAACACACACAAGAGAAACAAGAAAGACACUAUAGCGUCUCAUAAAAGCUGCCUUUAAGUAUCCCUAGGAGACAGGGUGAAGCCCCCUGAGCCGGCCCAGGCAGAGGGAGGCUGGGAAGGGUGCUCCGUGUGGCAUCCCUCCCUUUAAAUAUAAGCUAGCCCCUGGGGCUCUAGGCUCAGAUGCGCAGCAGGAGAGAGUUUGGGAAGCAGCAACCCUCCCCCUAGCCCCCCAUUACCUCCCACCCCCGCUCCCAGCCUCCAAACUCAGAGGCCGCCUUGGAAGAGAACCCAGGAGGCACCAUGAGAGGCAGCAGACGCAGCAGCAGCAGCAGCAGCAGCAAACUGCCUUGCCCUCCUGGCGGCCUGUCCUGCGCAGCCGCUGCUGGCCCAGGCGAGGAGGGGGAGUCUGGGCCCCACCCCCAGUGCACAUGGACAAGAGGCCCUUCCUUUGGCUGAGCCCAGAUACCUCCUGCUGCCCCUCCCCUGUGAGCCAGCCCCAGUGUCCCCUGGUCCCAGGCCACCUUCUGUCGCAGAGUUUGCCCACCUGUUAAAGUGGGUUCAGGCCGCAGCCACGGCCAUGGGGGUGCCCCUGAGAAGGGGAGAUUCCCAAAGGAGAAGCUGCAGGACAGGAUCCUCUUUCCCCGGAGCCGGGAGGGACGCAGAUGUUCGCCAAAAUCCUGCUUCGUUCCUCUAACAAAGUACACCUUUCCUAUGCAAGAGUGUCUCACUUGUGCUGCUCCAGGGCGCUUCCAGACGGUGGGCCGUGUUCAGCUUCGCAGUGGUGUGUGCUGUCUGUCGUCUUUGUCUGUCCGUUGUAUACAGUGGGUGCCAUAUAAAGCUGGUCAGUGGA